AGCGAAUCUUCUUACUACAAUUACAUGGAGGAAUGUGGCAUUUCACGCCCCAGAACUCAAAUCUGGGGACGUGAUAGACGCCGUGCACUCGUGAGACGGGUCCCACAAGUGUUGUCACGCUCCAAAACCCAAUUUCGAGGCAUGACAGGCGCCGUGCACUCGUGAGAGGGUCUCACAAAUGCACAAGGCUCGAAACUUAAUCAUAUCAUAAUCUGAUACCAUCAAAAUCUAAAGAUCAAAUCUUAAAAUCUGCUCUGAUAUCAUAAAAUCUCCAAAUACAUUCUAGUUUACAAGAUCAGGAUUUAUUUCUAAAUCUAUGUUCAAUCUCGAAAUGGCUAGCCUUCUAACUCGUCACUUCCCGUAGUUUCCCCGUCUUCGAUUUCGCUUCCUAAAAUGGUGGACAAGGAAAAACUAUGAGAUAAACUCAAUAAGUAAAUAUGGAGUGCCUUUAAUUAAACUUAUAGCAUGCC